AUGUAUACAAGUAUGAAAUUCGUUAUUAUUUAUGAUAUUUUAUUAAUUAAAUGUAUUUCAGCUAGCGGUCGUAUGCAUAUACGACCUGUUUUGUUCGGUGUGAUUCUUGGAGCUUUGAUUGUUGGUAUUGCUCUAGCAGCAGUACUUACCAUGUAUAUCAAAGAUCGAUCCAACCAAGUGACAUCAUUGCACACACUACGACUAGCACAGCAACAACGUCGACGACAACUACAACAACGACAACAACAACGACCAGCACAACAACUACGACGACGACAACUACAAGCACAUCAACAACGACAAGCACAUCGACAACGACAAGCACAACAACAACAUCUACUACAAUUGAUUUCUAUUUUUCCGUAUAUAAUAGCUACGACAUCUGCCGUACCACUCUCGUAUAUAUUCUGGUCGUUUGAUUCCAAUUUCGAUGAUCUGUAUAAUGUAUACAAUGGUAUCGGUAUGAACGGUGCCAGCUUUGUUUCACCUGGCUACACUGGUUAUGGAUCGGCAUUAUUUCUCAAUGGAACAAACUCUGAAUAUGUUCUCGUAUCAAAUUAUAAAGAUAUGACAAAUACAAGUUUAACUUGGGAAACAUGGUCUUAUCCAAUCAAUUUAGAUAAUUACGAUAAUUUAAUGUUGGGUAUGUGUCAAACAACCAGUACGAGUAUGUGCAUGUACUUAAUGAUACGACAAAAUCGAACUUAUUUUGCAUUUUUUAAUAAUGAUUGUGUCGGUUCAACAAUCGUCUCGAUUAAUCGUUGGUAUCAUUUUGCAUUUGUCUAUGAUUAUAUGGCUCUAACACAAUAUAUUUAUGUGAAUGGAAUUCUCGAAUGUACACAUAAUACAUCAAGUCCAUUUCAAGCAACAAGCGGAGCGAUAACUAUUGGAGCAAUUAAUAAUACAGGUACUGCCACACCGGCUGCAUUUUGGACAGGCUAUAUCGAUCAAAUGGAAUAUGUAUCACGAGCUAAGACUGCAUUAGAAAUUUUAACAGAUGCAACUCUCGCAGCUUAUUAUUCAUUCGAUGAUGGUUCAUACUAUGAUUUGGGUCCUCUCAAAAUUAAUGGAACAGGCGUUGGUAUAAGCUCUACAGCGGGCUAUGUCAAUCAAUCCAUUUUGUUCAAUGUUUCUGGUGCAUAUUUUCAAGCAGGUGCAUUUACUUCAUUGGGUGUAUCCGGUCAAUCUUAUUCAAUAUCACUUUGGGUAAACAAAGCAUUAUCUAGUAGUGGAGGUGGAACUCUAGUACAUGUAUCAGGAAGUUCAAAUGGAACAUUAUGGUGUAUAUCUAUGUUGGGUUUAUCUUCAUCCGAUGAAAUUAUUGGACAAAGUUGGAAUUUAUCUAUAGUAGCUAUUCAAGGACCUAUUCUUCAGUUAGGUGUAUGGACUCAUAUCGUUACAUCAUACAGUAUGGAUAAUGGUGUUCGUCUUUGGGUUAAUGGAACUUUAAUUGGUUCAUCGAUUCCAUUUACUUAUUCUGCAUCAAGUUUACCUGAUUGGAUUACAGUAGGAACAACAUUUUCAGCUGCACUGCCGUGUGCCCAUGGCAAUGUCGCCGUCGGACAAUUCUAUGGAAUGAUAGAUGAAUUAAGAAUUUACUCACGAGAAUUAACAUCCAGCGACGUUUAUGCACUGGCUAAUCCGUAA